ACAAAACGUUUCGCCAACAACCCCCCGCCCCGCCCCUCGGAGUCGAAAUCGAUUUACAGGCUCCCCCAGUCCUGCACUUUCCGACCCUCAACUACAACCCUACAAGCAUCUGCCAGCAACAGCCCGUACCCACACUCCACAGCACUCACAACACACACAACACAAUAGCAACUAUGUCCACCGCACUCGACUACCUGAAGAAAUACACCACCGUCGUUGCCGACACGGGUGACGUUGAGUCCAUCGCAAAAUACAAGCCUCAGGACGCGACGACCAACCCCUCCCUCAUCCUCGCCGCCACCCAACAACCUCAGUACGCCCACCUAAUCGACAACGCCAUCUCCUACGCCAAGCAACACGGCGGCUCCGACCUCGACGCCCAAGUCUCCCUCGCCUUCGACAAGCUCCUCGUCAACUUUGGCGUCGAGAUCCUCAAACACGUCCCUGGCCGCGUCUCCACCGAGGUCGACGCCCGCCUCUCCUUCGACACACAGGGCACCAUCGCGAAAGCCAAGCAGCUCAUCGCCCUCUACAAGGAAGCCGGCGUCGACAAGUCCCGCGUCCUCAUCAAAAUCGCCUCCACCUGGGAAGGCAUCCAGGCCGCCCGCGUCCUCGAGCAGGAACACGACAUCCACUGCAACCUCACCCUCCUCUUCUCGUUCGCCCAGGCCGUCGCCUGCGCAGAGGCCGGCGUCACCCUCAUCUCCCCCUUUGUCGGCCGUAUCCUCGACUGGCACAAGAAGGCCACUGGAAAGACCUACACCGGCGCCGAAGACCCAGGAGUCCAAUCCGUCACCCAGAUCUACAACUACUACAAGAAGCACGGGUACAAGACCAUCGUCAUGGGCGCCUCGUUCAGGAACACCUCGGAGAUUGAGGAGCUCACCGGAUGCGAUUUCCUCACCAUCUCCCCGACCCUCCUCGCCGAGCUGCAGAACUCGGACAAGAAGCUGGAACCCAAGCUGAACAAGGAUAACGCAAAGUCCCUCGACUUGCCCAAGAUUCAUCUGGAUGAGAAGACCUUCCGUUGGGAGCAUAACGAGGAUGCGAUGGCCACAGAAAAACUCGCCGAAGGAAUCCGCAAGUUCAACGAGGACGGAACCAAGCUGACGAAGAACCUCCGCGGAAAGCUCUCCGCUUAGACUGAAGAGGAGGAGGAAAAGCGCACACAUACUUACACAUCCCCCCAAUUUCUCUGUGUCAAUAACAUGAAAGCUAGGCAGUAAAAACAUGAACGAUAUCAAACUGCAAAAAGUCCACU